AGAAAAAUCGACGCGGUACCGGCGUCAAGAUAGCAUGUUCAUAGAGCCUAGGACCUCCUAGGACACGAGGCUCUGCAGCUACUUACCCCGAGAGGAAGUUCGUGUUAGUAAGUAGCUCAUAAAAUUCUCACGGCACCUCGGUCAGGGUAACCGAGUACAGGUUUCUCGACGUUUUCUUUCCAAUGUUUGAACCAAUUCGGGGAGGUACUCGAGGAGGCCAGGCAGAGUUCAAAUGGACGGAUGUCUCCGCAGACAAAGACAGAGAGAACUAUCUGGGUCACAGUAUCAAUGCCCCGACCGGGAGAUGGCAGAAAAACAAAGAUGUUCACUGGUAUAGUAGAGAUAACAAGGAUGAGUCUGAGAUGGAAGAAGAGAUAAGGAAGGUCAAGGAAGCGGAAGCAGAGGCACUUUCUGCAGCACUUGGGUUUGCCGCUGCACCGUCUGGUAGCAUUCCUGUUACAAAAGCCCCUUCAAGCGUUCAAUCAGGACCGGCGCAUACCCUUGCUGUAGAUGAUGGACAGCAUCCUUCAGAGAAAGAGGAAAAGCGCCGUAAGAAAGCCGAACGGAGGGAACAAAAAAAAGCACGCAAAGAGGCACAUCGGGAGUCUCGCCAUGCCGAAUACGAACAACGUUCCCGUAGAGAUCGGACUCGUUCGCGCUCACCUAAACCUAGCAAAGACGCUGAUUACGGCAGGCGUCGUCACCCGCGGCACAGUCGUUCACCUCAUGCUCCUCGACAUGUGAAGGACUAUGAUGAAGUUGUACGCGAAAGAGAACGCGAAAGAGAUCGGCGGCGGUGGGACUUGGAUCAAAGGAACAGGCUGAGUACCCGUCAUGAACGAAAUUAAAUCGGCUGAGUCUUCUUCAAGAAAUAUAUCAUGCCAUUUCAGCAGAUUGUCCUAUGUUCAUGUAUUACGCACCUAGAACUUCGCAAUGCAUCUGCCCCGCACUAACUCAUCAAAUUUCGCCUUCUCGCGGAAGAAUCAUGGCAUCGGCCACUGCUGACCGCACAAUUUUUGGAACUUGUGAUUCCGUAACUCAAGAUGCGUCUGGAACUUCCAGGUAUUGUCAACUGCACAUGGGGCUGCCAAUCGGAGAUCAAAGACGUGAAGUUGCGCAUUGAUCCAUGCCAUCUUGAUGACGAAUUGGCGUGCAUGUCGGUCAUGCCUGAGAGAUUCUUGGCUACAGAUUUGUAUUCGAUUUCGAGAUAUUCCCCAUGCGAUAAUCAUACCGUAUCAUUUGUUCCGGCUAA